UAUACAGAUAAAACAUAUAUUCUGUCUCAAAGAAUUCUGUAUGUAUAUAUUUAAGACAAAAUGAGUGAUUUUAUAGAAGACCCUAAUGAAGAAGGAUAUGAAGAUUCCAUAAAUUAUCAAAAGACAGAAAGCUAUGGAGGAUCUGAAAGAUUUGGAUCUGAAAAUUUUGGGGGAUCUGAAAAUGUUGGAGGAUCUGAAAGAUUUGGAGCAGCUGAAAGUUAUGAAGGAACGAAAAGGUUUUCAUCAACUGAAAGCUAUGGGCAAUCUGGAAACUACAGAGGAAUGACUGAAAAUGAAGGAGGUUACAAAGUUGCAGCAGGUAUGAGAGAUUUGAAUGCCAGUAGGCACGAGGCUUUCCUGAAGAGGAAACAAGCACGGAUUGAAAACACCAAGAUGAACUAUGAAAGCUGGGAAAAUGACAAAGAGUGGAGGCCAUUCACCAUCAUACCCAGGGACUGGUGGCGAGCCAUUCCCCCGAGUCACUCGGCUCCAUUGAUUCAUCCCGUGGACUUGAUCGUAAUGACCUACUCCCACGGCAACACCUGCUGGAACACCUACUUCUGCAACCGUGAGGUCAAACGCAUCCAGUCCAACCAUGUGCAGAACGGAGCCGUUGACAUAGUUUUCAAUUUCUUGAUUGGAGGCAAUGGACAAGUUUACGAAGGUCGAGGAUGGAACUCAUCACCUCGGCUGAACCACAAGUUGCAGCGGUUUUCUCGGAAUGCCCUGCAUAUCGCAUUCCUUGGCAACUUGAGGGCGACCAUGCCUCCACAGAAAAUGUUUAAUGCUGCUCGCGACCUCGUGGAAUUAGGAAUUAGGAAACACUUUAUUGCUCCAAAGUUUUUAGAAUACACAUCAAGAUUAUGGUCUAUACCUGGAACGCCGACUGACUCAGAAGUGCUUAAAGAUCUACAAGCUUAUUAGGUGAAAGCAGAAGAAUUACUUUGAGUAAAACUUAGAUUUACAAUUUUAAAUCUUUAUAGUAACAUUUAACUUUAAACAUAAACACUGCUGGCUUAAAAACGGACAGAGUGCUGUAACUGUAUGAUAAAAAAAAUGUAUUAUUCCUUCAUGUACUUUUCAUCGUUAUUGUUAUUCUAAUCCAAAGUGAAAAUGUCUCAUAAAGUUUUUGAGUUUAAAGUCUGGCAAGGUAACAAGAUCCGUAAGAUCAUUGUGCAACAUUGUUCAUGUUAGAACUUAACACAUUUAAUUACAAUUUAAUAAAACUUGUCAAAUAGUUUGGCCAAUAGUCAAAUUAAUUUUUGUAUUAUUUUGCAUAUCACAAAGGUUGGUAUUUUAUAAUUAAAACGUUUGAUCUGUUGCAAA